AUGGGAGAAAAACAGGCGGCACCUCAGCCGGGUGACCAUCACGGCGCCGACACGGCCGCACCGUCGCCGCCAUCAUCUCCCGCGCCGUCUCUGCCUGGCGCUGACGAGCCGACACAACUGCACACUAUCUUUGACAGGCGGCAAAAGGUAGUCAUCGUCUUCUUGGUAGCAACCGCCGCGACGUUUUCCGGGUUUGCGUCCAACAUCUACUUUCCAGCCCUACCGACAGUCGCCAGCGAUCUCAACGUGUCCAUCGAGCUCGUCAAUCUUUCUGUAACGACCUAUCUCAUAUUCCAAGGCCUAGCACCCAGCGUGUGGGGUCCCUUGUCCGACGUCAAGGGCCGCCGCAUAGCGUACUGCUGCACGUUUCUGGUGUUUCUCGGAGCCUGCAUCGGGCUGGCCGAGACCAAGAAUUACGCUACCCUGGCCGCCCUCCGAUGUCUCCAGAGCGCGGGCAGCGCGAGCACCAUCGCCAUCGGGUCGGGGGUGAUUGGCGACAUCACGACCCGCGAGGAGCGGGGUGGAUUCAUGGGCAUCUUUCAAGCCGGGCUCCUCACACCUACUGCGAUUGGCCCCAUCAUUGGCGGGGCGCUGUCGGACGCCUUUGGCUGGCGCAGCGUGUUCUGGUUCCUGGCCAUAUACUGCGGCGUUUUCUUGGUGUUCCUCAUCGCCUUGCUCCCCGAGACGCUUCGGUCGGUGAUUGGCAACGGAUCGCGAGUCCCAUCCAACAUCCUUGCGCGGUAUCCCCUACGCUUUUACCAACGGACGACAAAGGUUGAUUGGUCGGUAGCGGACGUGGACUCGUCUUCUCUGGGGCCGAAAAAGCACGUCGACGUGACAGGCCCGUUCCGGAUCCUCGGUACCAAGUAUGCCACGCCCAUCGUGGUGUUCGUGGCCAUCUACUACGCCGUCUGGCAGAUGAGCAUCACCGCCAUGUCCAGCUUAUUCAAGGAGGAGUACGGCCUUUCCGAUACCCACAUUGGAUUAUCCUUCAUCGCCAACGGUGUCGGGUCCAUGGUCGGCACGCUCGUGACCGGCAAGAUCCUCGACUUUGACUACCGCCGGAUGAAGAAGAAGCACGAGAUCCACAUCGCCGUGCCCAUCAUCUCGACGUUUAUCACGGGCUGGACGUCCAUUUCCAUGGUCUCCCUCACGACCACGUACCUCGUCGAUAUUUUUCCGGACCGCGGCGCGGCGGCGAGCGCCAGCAUCAACCUCGCGCGGUGCCUGUUCGCGGCCGCGGGCACGAGCUUCAUCAUGCCCAUGGUUAACUCCAUUGGCGUGGGGUGGGCGUUUACCGUGUGCCUGGGCUUGCAGCUCGUCGCCACGUUGGCGGCGGGGAUCCAGUGGAAGUUUGCUGGAGUGUGGAGAGCCGAGGCCGAGAAGCAGGCUGUCUCGGACGGGUAUUAA